UGUUUUGAACACCAAUUAGUGGGGAAUGAGUGAGGCUCUUAAGCCAGCAGUAACUUCAAAAAUUUCUCAGGGAAAGAAAGAUACGGAGAGAGACAGACACAUGUCCCAAGAACUGGGGCAAUAGGAGAUAGACAGACAGCUGCCACCUACAGCCUUGACAGGCAGACACAUGUUCAAGAAGAGACCACAGCUCUUAAACAGUCGUUUUACUCUGAAUGCAACCCGGUUAUAAACAACAGGAACCCAACUUUGCAUCUUUUUUAUCUUUUCAUCAGCUCAACAAUUGGUAUCGGCUCUGAGAUGUGGUGCCACUUCUUAAUCCUCUUGGUUGCUGUGAGCACUGCUGGUGCAACCUGCCACCAGAAAAGGGAACCAGCGGGCAAAAGAGGCUCUAUCUUUGCCGACCUGACCGCCGACGAGAUGCAAGCAGUGCGAGACUUCCUGAUGUCUAAACCACGGCUGCGCCUCUCCUCCGCCCGCAGAGAGACCCUGAAGAAAAACAGCAUCUUCCUGAUGGAGCUGCACGUUCCCAAGAAGGGCGAUGCUCUGAAAACCCUCGACCAGGGACGCACCAGUCCUAAGCGUGAGGCUAGGGUGGUGGUGACAUUCGGUGACCAGCUGCGCCCCAACAUCACUGAAUAUAUUGUGGGACCUUUGCCCAAACCCACCUAUUACAAACACACAACCUUUGCAGGUAAGACUCCCAAGUUCGAGUCAAGGCCCACCAGCCAAACAGAGUAUUAUCACAUCACCAAUAAGCUGCAGGAGAUCACAAAGAAGGUGUACAGGAUUCUAGUAGAGACCUCUGGCUUCUCUUUCCACAAUUGCACUGACAGGUGCCUGACCUUCUCUGAUGUUGCUCCCCGGGGCCUAGAGUCUGGAGAGAGGAGGGCCUGGUUUGUUCUUCAGAAGUUUGUGGAGGGCUACUUCAUUCAUCCCAUUGGCUUUGAGCUCCUUCUCAACCACAAGUCCCUGGACCCAACCGAGUGGGAGGUGGAGAAAGUCUGGUAUAAUGACCAGUAUUUUGACAGCGUGGAGGAACUGGUUGAGAAGUACGAGAAAGGGGAAGUCACCAAGAUGACGCUGCCAGACCAUGAUGAUGACGAUCUGUACUCCACAUACAUCCCCCGCGGGGAGAGCAGCACACGUGCCAACGUUCAGGGACCCAAACUGGUUCAGCCCCAGGGACCACGGUACCGGGUGGAAGGAAACUUCGUGGAGUAUGCGGGCUGGUCCUUCGCUUUCCGGGUGCGCUCCUCCGCCGGUCUGCAGUUGUUUGACCUCCGAUUCAAUGGGGAGAGAGUGGCUUACGAGAUCAGUCUCCAGGAGGCGGUGGCCUUUUACUCAGGGAGCACGCCAGCUGCCAUGCAGACCAAGUACAUUGACGGAGGCUGGGGUAUGGGUACUGAGGCCUACGAGCUGGCCUCAGGCAUCGACUGCCCCGACAUUGCCACGUUCGUGGACCUGUACCAUUAUUAUGACACAGACAGGCCAGUGCGGUACAAGAAUGCCCUCUGCAUCUUCGAGAUGACCACCGGCGUUCCCCUGAGAAGGCACUUCAACAGCAACUUCAAGGGCGGCUACAACUUCUACGGGGGUCUGGAGAACAACGUGCUGGUGAUCCGGACCACAUCCACCGUUUAUAACUACGACUACAUCUGGGAUUUCCUGUUCUACCAGAAUGGGGUGGUGGAGGCCAAGGUCAGUGCCACGGGGUACAUCCACACUACCUUCUUCACCUCCGAGGGGCUUAACCACGGGGCCAGGGUCCACAGCUAUGUUCUGGGCAACCUGCAUACUCACCUGGUCAACUACAAGGUGGACCUGGACAUUGCAGGUAGAGAUAACAGCUUCGAAACCAUAGAGCUGAAAUACGAGAACUUCACCAAUCCUUGGAGUCCUCGUCACUCCAUCGUUCAGUCUCGGCUCCAUCGCACUCAGAGGACAACCGAAAGGGAGGCCGCCUUCCCCUUUGGCAAACGCCUCCCCCGAUACCUGCACUUCUACAACCCCACCAAGAAGAACAGGUGGGGCCAUCACAGGGGAUACCGGAUCCAGUUCAACUCCCACGCUGACAGCGUCCUGCCGCGUAGCUGGAAGGAGGAAGUUGGCAUUACCUGGUCAAGGUACCCCUUGGCAGUAACUUGCCAAAAGGACAGCGAAGUGAUGAGUAGCACCAUCUACACACAGAACGACCCGUGGGAGCCAGUAGUGUCCUUCGAAGAUUACAUUAGCAACAACGAAAAUAUAGACAAAACGGAUCUGGUUGCCUGGGUAACAGUGGGGUUCCUGCAUAUCCCCCACUCCGAGGACAUUCCCAACACGUCCACCCCGGGAAACUCUGUCGGAUUCUUCCUCCGACCCUUUAACUUCUUCAACGAAGACCCCUCCGUCGCGUCCAGGGACACGGUCAUUGUCCGGCCGCACAAGGACAGCUUCUCCAAGGUAGACACGGACCGGUGGACUCCUGAGCUGGCGGGAUACUGCAUGUCCAACAAGCCCUUCCAUUACAACGGCACCUACGAGGAAGUUUAACAACAAGCUGACAGCUGAUUGCGAUCACAUGGCAACUGACACGACAAAAAGACUAAGACAAAGAAGCACCAUACUAGCCAAAUAAGAGAUGAAUAGAGACAGAUGUUUCCUGCUUGAGGAAAUAUCUCUGAAGAAGCUGCUGGCUUUCUGAGAACUAAAUGUAUUAGGAAUAAGAAAAAAAGGCCACAGAAACACCACUCUUUUUGAUUGACUUCAAUAUCUCCAGAUCUCAGGAGCUUUCCCUCAGUAUCUAUCUUUCUGCAAAAGCACAGCUGAUUUAUUUUGUUAACUUAAGCACCAACCUCUUUUUUUCUAUUAACUUGUUUCAUUUAGCUUUUAACUAAAUGCUGACUAAGGUUUUAAAUUACAUUCUUGACUUAUAAGCAUAAGCAGCAUUGUUGUUGGUUCCACUUUCUUAUACUUGUUUUAAUGGGUUUUUCUCCUGAACUUAAAUUUUUAAUUUUUAAAAAAAAAUUACAAUGCAGUAUAUUUAAAAAUAAAUCUAAAACUGUUUCUUGAGUUCCCUUUCAAGUAUGAAAUGUAUCCAUUACAUAAUGGAUUAACUUUACCUGAAAAGUCUGAGACUUACCAAAGCUGUCCCUCAGUGACCAGCAACAUCAUCAUGCCCUUCUCCGCCCCUCCUGGCUGAGACUAAGCUCUGUGAUGACAGUUGAACAGCGCCAUUUUAUUUUCAGCCUGAUUUGAAUGUAUGUUUUCUUGUCGAUUUAAUCGCUGAAUUAUUUGAUCAUUUUAGCUUUUUUCUGAGGUUGUGAGUGUUUUCUGAGUCCAUAUGCUGCCUUGUGGCCCGUCGGGAGCCUGCGGCUUGCCUGCACCUCUUUCCCAACCCCCCCACCCCCCCGCGGAUCAUUUCACUCUUCUCUCUGUGUCACGAUUCACUCCGGCUGGAGUUGCAUAGUGUCUGCAUUUCUAUGUUGCAUAUAUAGUAUGUAUUGUACUGUACGUGUUGUUACUGUAUUACAGUGAGGUGCCCCGCCAGUAUCGCUGUCCUUUGCAGGCUCAGAAGACGUAAGCCAAACUUACUGUGGCUCAGGAGCCCUGAGGAUUUGUUGCCACAGGCCCAGGGCUCCUUUUCUCAGGACCACCUGGCACAUUACCAAUAAUGCACCAAUGACAUCAGGGUGCUCAGCUCGAUUGGGCUCGGCUACCACGUUCACAAACACUCACAACGCCCUGGUUGUGUCCCAAGAGGUGAUUACCCUGUUACUGAGACGGGCUAUCCAAGUGGUAGACCCCCUCGAACUGAAGUCUGGUUUUUACUCUUGGUACUAUACUGGCACCUCUGAGACUCCAGGGAAUCAGAGUGUUAAUUAUAUGGAUGACUGGCUCAUUUGCGCUGACUCUCCAACACAUGAAUGCAUGAACUCUGCCUGCUUCCUUGCCCAAAUGUAUUUCGACCUUCAACGUCAACCAAUCGGUGGAGCUGGAGGCUUUUCAUCCCCUCCCUUUCCAGUCGAAUAGGGAGCGUAAGCUCCAUGCGUUUUGCCCUGUUAGGGCAUUAGUGUAUUAUGUUGACAGAACAAGAAGUUGGAGGCAAUCUGAACAGCUGUGUAUCUGCAGCGGAACUAAGGCCCACGGUAAAGCCCUGUCUAAGCAGAGGCUGUCCGGUUGGAUUGCAGAGACAGUCAAGAUUGCUGAUAAAUAAGCCAACUUGCCCCUUCCUGUGAAGGUUACUGGUCACUCCACAAUAGGUAUGUCUACCGCUUAGGUGUUGUUCCAGGGUGCAUAUGCAACAGAAGCAGUAGAAACUUUUUCUCGUCUAGCGUUUUAUGUUCCAAAACAAUGUAUAAAAUACAAGCAAAGAACUGAAAAAUCUUCCACAGAAAGAUAAUGUAGCUUGUCCUGAUAAGAGAUAAGAACAUGGUGGUGUGGUGUUGUGUGUGUUUCUAAUCUUUUAUUUUGUUGCUCUGCCUCUUGGUCCCAGUCCCAACGCAUUUCCCUAGUUACCUUUAUACAUUGAGGGAUUGAAUGGUUCUUGUCUUUAUGCUAUCGGUACUGAUUAGUGGCUGUCUUUCAAACAACCCUUUGUUAUGAUGAGAGGAUCUCAUCUCUAUGCCCUGAUUUCAGAGUACACAGGGAAGGCAUGGCUAUCUAUCUGCCUACAUAGUUGAACAUUAAUGUAUAUUUCCAUAAGCACUCAGGUUAAACUACUAUACUAUCCAUUUUGUAUUGGUCUAUUAUUGGUUAUUAUAGCAAUGUGAAAUAAUGAAUUGAUCUCUAAUGUGCCUUAUACUUGAUACAACUGAAAUAUUACAUAAUUAGUUUUUUGUCUAUAUAUCUAUACUGAUUAGUGACUGUCUUUCUAUUAAUAACCAGUGUUACCAAGCUUUAAAAGUCAGCCAAUCAGUAACUCAAAUGUAAUCUGUUUAUUAAGUCUGCUCCCAGUUGCACUUUGUGCAGUUCAUGAGGGCAAUUUCCAAAGGAGCAGCUAAUUCAGAUCAAAGACAGAGAAAAAUAAAAAUAAAUGUUAAAGUGUG